AUGAAAAUCUUGUCAUUUCGUGCGGUUUGGCUUCGUCGCUUCCUAUCUCAUUCCCUCAUCCGUGGUCGGUGUUUUUUUGACCAUCACAUUUCUUUGCAUUUUCGUCAGGAUGCUGUGGUGGAUGUGUUAAUAUGUGAUCCUAUCCCAGCUUAUUUGGUGAAGAAGCUUCCUCUUUUUUAUGGGUUGUUAGUUCGUGCUUGGAUUGAUUUAAAAGGAACCAAGAAUCGUGGCAUGUGGGUGAUUCCUUGUCCAUCCAGUGAUUUUCUCCCUUUUGAUGAAAUCACAGCUAAAUUGGCUUAUAAGUAUUUAUUAAAGUACCAUCAUGUGGAACAUCGUUUGCUCGCAAAAUUUCAAAAUCUAGGAUUUGCAGUUCAGUGGCAGCAUGUUUGCCUCUUUGGCGUUUUGUCCGUUCAGUGCAAGAUACGGCAUGGUUAUCGUUUCAUGGUAUUUUACCUACAGAUCGUCUUGCUCGCUUCGGCAUGAAUGUUAACCCCCUCUGUUUUUGCAGCCAAGAUGAGUCGCUUAUUCACUUGUUUACCACUUGCCCAUUUGCUACUGAGGUUCUCGAUUGGUUUGUGUCCCAAUUGCAGAAAUUUAAUCAAUUAGCAGCGUUGUCUGAUCGUGACAUUUUGUUUGGUUUGCUUCCCUCUUCAGGUAUUCCAGUUGUUUUUACAGCUCUGUUAGGUGUCCUUCGCCAUCAUGUGUGGUUGGCUCACAACAGUCACCGUUUUGAAAAUAUUGCUCCGGAUUCCGAUACAAUGUUGAAGAAAGCAAAGUCGACAUUCCUCUUCCUUGUGAGGAUGCACCAACGUCAUUGUCAUAGAGAGCGUUUUGUUCACGAGUGGCUCGCCGAUGGUGUUAUUGGUUCAAUUACCCAGCAAGAUUGGAUACAUUUCACACGGGACUUUGUUACUUAG